ACCGCAGCGCCGCAGCGGGAUCAGCCAGACUCAGCUGUUUCUGAUCGCCUAACUCCAAUCGCGGCAAUCUCUAGCAGUCGCAGUCCACUGUUCCUUUUUUUUUUGGGGAAUAAAUCCACUCCUCUAGGACAAUAACAAUGGCCACUUCCAUCGAGCUCCACGCCUUCUUCCACCUCAAGCCUUCCCCUUCGGCUUCCUUCCUUAGGCAAAGGUCGCACCAUUCGAGAUUUACGUGUCAGUCAAAUGGGCCGGCAACGGCAGCUCCGUCAGUUCCAGCCGCCCAUGUGGAUUCUGACCCUCGCAAGCAGGAGCGUACCGCUGUGCGUCUUGGCCUCCCCAGUAAGGGUCGCAUGGCUGAGGAAACCCUAACCCUCCUCAAGAAUUGCCAGUUAAUGGUGAGGCAGGUGAAUCCGCGGCAAUAUGUGGCCGACAUUCCGCAGCUUUCAAACCUUGAGGUUUGGUUUCAAAGGCCGAAAGACAUAGUGCGUAAAUUGCAGUCAGGAGAUCUUGACCUUGGCAUUGUGGGCCUAGAUACAGUUUGUGAGUAUGGACAGGGGAACGAGGAUCUUAUUUUAGUGCAUGAUGAGCUUGAAUAUGGAGAUUGCCGUUUAUCCAUUGCAAUUCCUAUGUAUGGGAUUUUUGAAAAUAUAAAUUCUCUGGAAGAUUUAGCAAAAAUGCCACAAUGGACAAAUGAAAGGCCUCUGCGUAUUGCAACUGGAUUCACAUAUCUUGGUCCGAAAUUUAUGAAAGAUAAGGGUCUGAAACACGUUAGCUUCUCAACAGCUGAUGGCGCACUUGAGGCAGCUCCAGCUAUGGGAAUUGCUGAUGCUAUUCUGGAUCUUGUGAGCAGUGGAACAACUUUGCGUGAGAACUAUUUGAAAGAAAUUGAUGAUGGGACUCUGAUAGAGAGCCAAGCUGUACUUGUUGGAAGCAAGAAAUCUUUGAGUCAUCGUGCAGGUGUACUGGAUAUUACCCAUGAAAUUCUUGAGAGACUAGAGGCACACCUGAGGGCAACUGGCCAAUAUACGGUCACUGCUAACAUGAAGGGAAACAAUGCUGAAGAAGUGGCUGAGAAAGUUCUUGGUCAAGCAUCAUUAUCUGGAUUGCAGGGUCCUACUAUAAGCCCAGUAUACUGCAAGUCUGAUGGCAAGGUCAAAGUGGAGUACUAUGCAAUUGUCAUCUGUGUCCCCCGAAAGGCUCUUUAUAAGUCCGUUAAACAGCUGCGAUCUAUUGGUGGUAGUGGAGUGCUAGUUUCACCCCUUACCUACAUUUUUGAGGAAGAAACUCCAAGAUGGCGAAGACUUCUUGAGAAACUCGGGAUGUAACUAGUCAUUUUGUUGUAGUUUGCCGUAUUUCCUUCUUGUAAAAUGAUCGUGGUUGCUUAGUGUCUAAGCAAUGGCUCGUUAGGCUUGGAAAUAUUUUAUGCCAACUGUUUCCUGUUUAGUUUUCCAAUGGCUAAAUAUUGCAAAUUUGGUUCCUUUGUUCCCUGUUUUGUAUCCUGAAAAUUUGAAAUUCAGAUUCAAUAAUACUUGAAAUUUAUGUGA